CUCCGAGGAGUAUUAAUAUAUUAAACAACGCAUACUCCGUAUUGACAGAGUACAUGUACGAAUGAAAAGCUUGGUGUGAAUUAAUGCAACUGGACGUCAUGAAUUUCAAAAUGCCUUUGAUUGUAUUUUCUAUUUUUCUUGCUAGCGGUAUUCAUGGGACUCCUAUUAGCAACUCCUCUGAAAAUGUGGAAACAAAGAGAUGUCCUGAUGGGUAUACCCGGUUUAAAGAAUCCUGCUAUCUUCUGAACAAUGAAGUUUCUUCCUGGAUAGAGGCCUAUCAAAUUUGUAACAUCUUUGACAGCAGACUAGUUGAAGUAGAUACGUCGGAGGAAAACACAUUCAUUCAGGGCUAUCUUAAGGAACACGGACAACAGAAAGGGCAACUUAUAACGACCUUCACUUAUCGCGGUAACUAUGGAAAUAGCAAUCAGAUGGAAUACAAGAGUUUCCCCGGUUACUGGAUCGGAGGACAAUCCAUGGAACUGCCUGGACACUGGUAUUGGGGGAAAUCAAUGAAAAAGGUCGACUUCAGCAUCUUAGGGAGUCACUCUGUUAAUAUAACUGACAGCAGUUGUUUGUUCCUUGACAGGGCAAAUCUGUAUCUGGCUCGAAAUAAGCCGUGUUACACUAUGAUGUACUCGGUCUGUGAAAAAGCACCAUACACUGUAUAAAGUAUACUGAAGCAUGUAUCAGACGUCGCAUUACUGUAACAAUUUCUGCAUUCCUUUUUU